AUGUUUACUGAGAACGAGAGAGUUCUCAGUAGUUCAUCUAUGGACGAGAGUGUCCUCGAUGAAAAGACACGAGUUGAGCGAUAUGACUCCCAAUCGUGGGAAUCGCUCAAGACAAAUCCUCUCUAUGAAGAUUUGGUUGAAUUCAAGGAUGUUUUCCCUGAAACUGUUCCGUGCGAAUUACCGAAGGAUAAAGGUAUUCGACACGAAGUCGAGCUUAAACCAGGCUCGAAGUACUGUGUCAUGAAGCAGUGGCCACUGCCUCGUGAACAAGUACUUGCGAUCGACAAGUUCUUUGCCGAUCGUUUAGCAGCGGGCCAUGUGAGGGAAUCAACUUCCCCACAUAGCUCUCCGACCUUCUGUGUGCGAAAAGCAACAGGAGGGUGGCGGAUAGUGCACGCGUUUAACAAAUUGAACGCUGCAACGGUACCGGCUCAGACGCCGAUACCGAGGAAGGACGUAAUCAUUGAUGGUAUGUCAAAGAGUACCAUCUUUUCGUCCAUGGAUUUGAUGGAUGGCUUCUAUCAAAUCCUAAUGCGGGAACGGGAUAUACCCUAUACCGCAGUUAGCACGCCUAGCGGCAUGCUCUGGGAAUGGCUAGUAAUGCCACAAGGGCUCAGUAAUGCCCCUGCCACGUUCAACAGGUGUGUAUCACAUCUGUUGAGGCCAGUACGAGAAUUCGCGCCGAGUUAUUUCGAUGACGUAUUCAUCCAUAGUCGAGCUAUGGAUGGAAAGUCGGACGUUGAGGUUCACAAGUACCACGUCCGACAAGUUCUUACAAUCAUGCGAAAGCAUCAAUUGUAUGCAAACCUCAAGAAGUGUAUAUUUGCAGCAAGCGAAAUACCACUUCUUGGGUGCAUCGUUGGUAAGAACGGUGUACGUCCUGAUCCCGAAAAGAUCAAGGCGAUCACCGACUGGCCCGUGCCGGUCGAUGUCAAAGGUCUUCGAAAAUUCCUUGGGCUAGCGGCGUAUUUGCAUAAGUAUUCACGCAAUUACGCCGAGAUGACUGUACACCUCUCUCGUUUGUUGAAAAAGAACGAGAGGUGGUUAUGGAACGCUGAAUGUCAACGCUCCUUUGAGGGUAUCAAGCAGAGCUUGAUACAAUCCCCAGUCCUAGCAAUAGCCGAUCAGGACAGGCCAUUUCAUGUGGUCUGUGAUGCCAGCGAUUUCGCAAUCGGCUGUGCAUUAAUGCAGUACGACCUUGAAGGCGUUGAACGCGUCGUCUGCUAUCAGUCGCGUCAGCUGCAACCAGCUGAGCGGAACUAUCCAGUGCAUGACAAGGAACUCCUUGCCAUGAAGUAUGCACUCGCGAAGUUCAGAGUCUAUCUAUUAGGAGAUAGACCCUUCGUUGUUUACACUGACCAUGCGUCCUUACGCACGGCAGUGAACAGCCCGCACCUUUCACAACGAAUGGCGCGGUGGUUGUCAUUCUUUGCAGAAUACAACUUUACGGUCGAGUACAAACCAGGACGACUUAAUGUCGUCGCUGAUGCACUCUCACGUCGUCCCGACUUUGAAACAGUCGCGAAACCCAACAGUGAGACAGUCACUGUUGCGGUUAUGACGUCCUCAGUUCCAUCUACAACGUUGUAUGAUGAUGUGAGGCGGGCAUACGCCCAAGAUGGUGAGAUAGUGAAGUUGUUGUCACAUCUCUCCCAACCAUCUCGAGAAUCGUUGAAACGAUUGUCGUCUGCGUAUCGAUCUGCAUCAGAUCGAUACACUACUCGUAACGGUUUACUGUACUAUACAGCCGUUUCUGGUGACACACCACGUGUUGUCAUUCCAGAUGAUACUGAUCUGCGUUUGCGGAUCAUGUUCGAGUAUCACGAUGCUCCUAUAGGAGGACAUCGUGGCCGAGAGAAAACAUAUCUCACGGUAAGUCGAGACUUUUACUGGCCCCGCCAGUAUCAGUUUGUGCGAAAGUAUGUUCGCGCAUGCGAAGUCUGCCAACGAGUGAAGUCAAGUCCUUCACUGCGUGCACCUUUACAGCCUCUACCGGUUCCGGCUGAGUGCUGGGAAUCCAUCUCAAUGGAUUUCGUCUUCGGGUUACCCAAAGACGCACGCGGGAAUACGGGUAUUCUCGUAUUUGUUGACAGAUUCAGCAAAAUGGUACACCUUGUGGCUGUACCAGAGACAAUCACGGCAAGUGGCUGUGCUUGUGUCUUUAUUGACACCAUCUUCCGACUUCAUGGGUUGCCCCGUGAACUCGUAUCAGACAGAGAUCCACGAUUCACUGCUGAUUUCUGGCGUUCCGUGUUCAAAUCACUCGGAACGCGCUUGAAGAUGUCAACAUCUGAUCAUCCAGAAUCAGAUGGUCAGACGGAACGUGCCAAUCGUGUCCUUGAAGAGAUACUUCGAGGAUACGUACACUCCUUUAAGAGUUGGAGUGAGUUUUUGCCGAUGGUAGAGUUUGCCAUCAACAACUCGGUGCAUGCGUCCACGACACAUACACCGUUUUACGUGAAUGGCUUGCGCCAUCCGCGUGUACCCACCUUACUAGAGUGUAACUCUGGUUUAAGGGGGAGGGACUCGCGCGAGCAAAAACCGAUUUGGUUCACGCUCAUCACGCUCUGA